AUGCAAACUAUUUCUUCAAAUAUAAUAUUAUUACAUAUUGUCAACAAUGUGAAUGAUCAUAUUGAUAGAGUGUGUCUGUUGACAUGUUGCAAGCGACUGUACGGUCUGCGUCAUAUGGUCACACUCCACUUUAAAGAGAAAUGGGUGCAGUCGAAAGCAAAGCUACAGAUCAACCUCUUUGAACAAUCGAUUAGUAAUACAUUAUCUACUCGCAUGUCAAUCAAUAUAUUCAACCUAAGACAAGAACAAAAGAAGAAUCAACAACAACUUCAACAAAUAGAACAACAACAACAAAAACAACAGAGAGAAGAUGAAGUGGAUGAUGAUAUUUCAAUUACUUCAACUACUGCUGCUGCACCAAUGAUGACAAUAGUACCAAACAUAGAUUUAAAAGAUAAUUUAAAUUGUUUAUCAAUCUAUUUUGAAAUUGAAGAGUUUCAUGAUAUGGUGAUGCCAAUGAUACCAGAGGGUAUAGAGAAUGUAGUGAUACAAUCAAAUAUCGGUGAAGCAUUCAAGAUGGGGACAUUCCCACAAUCACUCAGAAAACUUAAUAUGGAUUGUGCCUAUCCGUUUGAAUUGACACCUGGUAUCUUUCCAACCGGUCUUAAGAAACUUAGCAUCUCUGCACAAUGCGCAACCAAACAUCGGGUUGGUCCGGGUGUCAUCCCCAACACUGUAGAGUCGUUGGAGAUUUGUAUAUCGUCUUCUGGAUUACUGCCAGUCAUUCCACCAUCGGUCAAGUUCCUCUUGCUCAUGAAUAUGAGUGGUCGUCCACUCGCACCUGGUUUCUUACCCGAAGGAUUAGAAGAACUCUUUCUCAUAGAGUUGGAUCCUCGUUUGACACCUCGUAACUCUAGACUGGCCGUCCCAGUCACCAACAACGUCUUCCCAAAGUCUCUCAAAUGUUUAACAAUCGAUUCAACGACACCAAUACCCUAUCAACUACCACCUAACCUCAUACAACUCAAAUACAGUGAUAAUUAUAUGGGAACGUUUGAUACACCAAUCAAUGCCAACCUCCAAGAACUCUAUAUUGGGUAUGCAUUUGAACAACAAAUUCCAGUCUCUUAUUUGGCACAAGCCACCUCGUUGAGACAUCUCACCAUUCGAAAUGCCGUCACACUUGAUGGAUCACUACCAAACUCUUUGGAAACAUUGGUUACUAGUCGUGAGUUAAAGACUCGGUAUGGAUAUACACAUGGAAGUGGUCCGUUGGUUCUACCGACCAAAUUGAAAAACUAUAGAAUGAAGAUUGGUAAAUCACAUCUUGCACGUACACUUGCCAAUUGUGUAUCUACAAUUGAACAAGUAGGUGUUUCAUCAACAUGUCUUCAAAUGGAGAGUGAAGAUUUGUCAUCAAUCACUCAUCUGUAUAUCAUAUCACCAGAACAUUUGAAAACUAAUAAUGAUCGACUUGGCACUGGCUAUAUUCUCCCACCUAAAUGUACUUCACUUCAUUUGGUUGUUAAACCAGAGGAACGACUCUAUACACUACCAUUGGAUUGGAUCACCGGUGAUAAUGAUAAUCGUAAUGGUGGUAGAAUCACAACUAUUUGUAUAGAUUUUGAAGGUCUAAAAAAUACCAUACAUAUUAGACAACUUGACUCUACCAGUAGUAGUAGUAGAAGAGACUAUUUAUUCCUUUGUCAAGAGGAUUUAUCUGGUGGUAUCAUUCAUUUAGGUGAAUCCAAUAAUAAUAAUAAUAAUAAUAAUAAUAAUAAUAAUAAUAAUAAUGAAAAAGAUGGAAAAGAAGAAGAUGAUGAUGAAGAAAAAGAAGAUACUAUAGAUGAAAUGUAUGAAUUGGCAAACUUUUUUAGAAUUGGUAUAGUGUCUUGUAAAUUUGAUAGAAAUCAUAUGAUUGUAUGUUUGGCUGGUACAGAAACAGCUCCAUAUAUCCCAGAGUCUCCUCAAUUUAGUGAACAAGAUGAAAUUGAUGAUAAUGGAGAUGGAAAUGAAGAAGACGACGACGACGACGAUGAACCAAUCAUUUUACAACAAUCUUUACAUGACCCUGCAUUAGAUGAUGAUGAAAGUAAUGAUGAUGAUGACCAAGACAUGGAAAAUGAUAAUGAUAAUGAAGACGAUGAAGAAGAAUACCAAUAA